AUGCUACUGCAGCAAGUUGCGCCGAUCAGCGACGACCAGGUUUAUCAGGUCGUCCAUAAGUACGGGCAAGGAGUGAACCCAGCGGUCACGGCCAUGACGGGCAGUCCAGAGGAUCUCUUCUCCAACCAGCAGGGCUUGCGUGUCUUGUCGUAUUGGGGCUCAGAUCCGGGCCGAAUGCAGGAUGUCUACCAAACUGGAGGUUUUCCGCCAGUGAUCCAUGCUAUGCAGCAGUUUCCUGAGGAUGCAGGCGUUGGGAGGUACGGGGUGCAGUUCCUGUCACAUGCCGCCAACACCAGCACCGAGUACAUGCGGGAGCUUCAUCAUCUUGGAAGCGUGCCGAUAGUAAUCAGGCAGAUGAAUCAGUUCCCGCAGGACAACUUCCUGCAGCAGUAUGGUUGCCAGUAUCUGUGCUCCAUGGCUCAGAUCCCGGAAGUGCGCGACGAAAUUCUGAAGGAUGGUGGCAUCAGGCCACUGAUCGCAGCGAUGAACAACUUUGCACAGGAUGCAGUGAUCCACCGCUACGCAUUGUCUGCGUUGUCUCCGCUGGCAUACAUUCCGGAGUAUGCGUCGCAGAUCAUCGACGCGGGCGGAGUGUUGGCUGUGAAGAACACGUUGCAGUAUCAUUCUGGCGAUCCCCAGGUUGCAAUCAGUGCCUUGCAGAUGAUCAACGAGUUGGCCAAGCACGAGGGCUGCAAGGAUGCUUUGGUAUCAGCUGGCCUCAUUCCGGUACUUCUUCAAGUCAUGCAGGCCCACGCCGGCAACCCUCAUGUCCAAGCGCUUGGACUCAAAUGCCUUGCCACACUCUGUGGUAACUCCACGUCCAUUCAGGCUGGCCUGUUCCAGGCGCAGGGAAUUCCUGCGAUCCUCAACGCCAUCCGUUCGGCUGCAGACACCAGGGCCACCGACGAAGGAACUGUUGGCCUGAUCACAGAGGGGAUGAACUUGCUGGCUGCCAUCUCGACGAACCAGGAGUGCCGUCCGCAAAUCAUACAGUAUGGCGGCAUCGAGAUCACUCUGCAGGUCAUGAGAUUUUACAUCGAUUUCCCCUUGAUCCAGGAGCACUGCCUUCGGAUCCUCUCAGGCCUCACGCUCUGGCCGGAGGCAGCCGCCAAACUUCUGCAGGCUGGCUACAUCGAUUGCAUCAUUGCCGCCAUGACAAAGUAUCCCGAGACGCAGGGUGUUCAGAUGAGUGGCGCCUACGCUCUGGGCAUGGUGGCGGGUUCGGACGAUGCCAAGGUGGCCGUCAUCAAUGCCAAAGGCAUUGAAGCACUGGUGACUGCUAUGUACUGGCAUCCGAUGGACCAACAUGUAAACGAGCAGGCGUGCGCGGCUCUGGCCAUCCUGUGUGAGGCAGACCGUGGCAAGGCGAUCUUGGCCAAUGCCGUUGCAGGCGAAGAGAAGAUGCCGUCUCCCGAGGUCAUAACCAAUUCCAUGCGGAACAUCUACACAAUUGCGAAUCCCGUGAAGCAGAUGGUCAAGCUCGUGGCUAUCGCUGGCCUGGACGAAACAAUGAAGGCUGGCCUCAUCCAGGCCUUCACCAUCAAUGGCAUUGUCCAAGUGCUGCAGGUUCAUGCGGAGAAUUCCGCGGUUGUGUUCUAUGCACUGAAGGCCACGGUGACUUUGGGCUAUCCGCAUCCGCCGCCGGAGAUGAUUCACAUCUGCGAAAGCCUUCUGGAUCUCGUCCUGGCUGUCAUGCGGGCCUUCCCAGCAGAAGCCAGGAUCCAGGAGACUGGCUGUGAGGUCUUGUCGAUACUGGCCCGUGUGGAGGCCAUGCAGGACCCUAUCAUCACAAAGGGAGGAAUUGCCUUGAUUUGCACGGCACUGAAGUCCUUCCAAGCAGACACCGGCAUCCAGAGAAAAGGCUGCCGGGCUUUCGCCAACCUUGGCGAGUUCCAGACCUCCCGGGAAGCCAUCCGCCGCGAGGGCGGCAUCGAGCUCAUCAUCCUCGGGAUGAAGUACCACGUCUCCCAUCCAGAGGUGGGAGAGCAGGGCUGCGCCGCGAUAGCAAACCUGGCCUUGGACGAGGCGAAUCGCACUCACAUUGCUCAGAACGAGGGUGUGAAUGCGGUCCUAGCAGGAUUGCGACUUCAUCAGGCGCAUCCUGGGAUCCAGGCCUUUGGCCUAGGUGCCCUUGGAAACCUGGCCACUGCAGAGGACAACUGUGCUGUGAUCCUCAAAGCCGGAGCAGUAGACAUGGUGAUGCACGCCAUGGCUUCCUGGACAGAUGAACCUCGGGUCCAGCAUUUCGCAUGCCUGGCCUUGUCCAACUUCGCCCACGACGAUGCCAACAAGGUUGCCAUCGGCCGGGCGGGUGGCAACAAGAAGAUCAUCUCCUCCAUGCAGAGGCACUCGGACCAUGCCGGUGUGCAGGAGCAGGCUUGUGGUGCCUUGGCCAACCUUGGCGUCAACCAGCAGAACAUGGUUGAGAUCGCGCAGUUGAGCGGGAUUGAGCUGGUCAUUUCCUCCCUGAAAAAGUUUCCCACAGAGCCGGGCGUGCAGGAGAAUGGAUGCUUCGCACUCUCAAAGUUCCUGACGAUGCCAAACGAGUCUUACCGUCAAAGGAUGAAGCAAGCAGAUGCGGAGGCUGGUUCUCUGCGAUGCACACUUGCAGCUUGCAUGGAAGCAGUACCAUUGAGACAGAAGUGCACUGCGCCUCUCAGCGGCCACUUGGCUCCAGAUGACUCGUUGCAUAGGGAAGGGGCUUGGGCUCAGCAAAGGGGUCUGCUCCUCAGAGUGUUGAAAGAUAUCACAUUCCCGAACAACUUUUCGAUGGACUGA